AUGAAUUGCCCCUCCCGGAACGACGACACCCUCGACCAUCCCAGCUGGAAUCAGAGUCCGCCACCGUUCAGUCCGGAUACCACCACCCGCAACGACUUCAACGGCAUCGCGAACGCUAGAGUGCACCGCAAGCAUGCCUCCAAUACUGGGAGCGCCGCCGGCGACGAUAGCAUGGCCAUCGACCCGCGACCGCACAGUGUGGAAGACCAGGACCCUGCAAUAGGGAAGCAGCCGGGCGGCGAAGUGAUCGCUGCGGCCUCGGGGUGCGAACCACCCUCGAGGACCCGCGGAUCAUCUCGCCGUCCCUUCCAGAACUUCUCUUUCUCAUCUUCUGCUCGACACUGUGCCCGCAGCCUGGCCAAGUUCAGCCGUUUCAUCGGCCCUGGAUUCCUCAUCGCGGUCGCCUAUAUCGACCCGGGGAACUACGCCACGGACGUCGGCGCCGGCGCACAGUUCAAAUUUGCUUUGCUCUUCGUCAUUCUCAUGUCCAACCUCUUUGCAGUUCUUCUCCAGUCCCUGUGCAUCAAGCUGGGGACGGUGACGGGCCUCAACCUGGCGGAGAAUUGCCGCGAGCAUCUCCCCCGAUGGCUCGUCAUUGUACUCUAUAUCAUGGCCGAAUCGGCAAUUAUCGCCACUGAUAUUGCAGAGGUGGUUGGUUCUGCAAUUGCGCUGAAUUUACUCCUUCACAUCCCCUUGAUUGCGGGAUGUGCCAUCACUCUAGUGGACGUCUUUUUUUUACUGCUUUUCUGGCGCCCCAACGGGUCCAUGAUGGGGCUACGCCUGUUUGAAUUCUUCGUGAUGGCGCUUGUGCUAGGUGUCGUGAUUUGCUUCUGCAUCCAGCUUGCUCUUAUCAAGAAUCAACCCAUUGGUGAAGUGUUCAGGGGCUACCUCCCGUCCUCUGCCGUUGUGCAAUCCGAAGGUCUCUACCAAAGUUGUGGUAUCCUUGGCGCCACCGUCAUGCCGCAUUCCCUCUUCUUGGGCAGUGGCGUGGUACAGUCUAGACUUAAGGAUUUUGAUGUCACUGCGGGAUAUGUCGAAUCCACCGUACCGCUAGGGAGUAAUGGCGGUCGAGUGGAGUACCGACCAACCCUCCACGCUAUCCGCGGGUGCAUGAAAUAUUCGAUCAUCGAGCUGGCGUUGUCCCUCUUCACUUUUGCCCUCUUCGUCAACAGCGCUAUCCUCAUCGUCGCGGGUUCCUCUCUCUACAAUGUCCCCGGCGGAACCGAUGCCGACCUGUUCGGUAUCCAUGACCUACUCUCCUCGUCCGUCUCUCCUGCCGCCGGUACCAUCUUUGCCUUGGCCCUCCUUCUUUCUGGCAUUUCUGCCGGCAUCGUCUGCACCAUGGCCGGCCAAAUGGUCAGUGAGGGCAUGCUGAACUGGAGCAUCCAGCCCUGGCUGCGACGACUCAUUACGCGGGCCAUUAGCAUCAUCCCCAGCAUCAUCAUCGCGGCAGCCGUUGGCAAGGAUGGUCUCGACAGGACCUUGACGGCCAGCCAGGUCUGCCUGAGCGUCAUCCUGCCAUUCGUCUCUGCUCCACUCAUUUGGUUCACUUGUUUUAGCAAGUACAUGUCCGUCCCUAUGCAGCAAAGCACCGAAGGCGAAGGCGAAGGCGACGUGGCGGUGGAACAAGUGAGCAUGCGGAAUCACUGGUUUACCUCCUUGAUCGCGGGGCUGGUAUGGUUACUCAUUGUCGUGAUGAACGUGGCUCUGUUGGCGUUGGUAGGUAUGGGCAAAGCCUAA